AUGGCCUCCCCACCGUUCAUCUCAUCAAGAUCACCACCGCCAUUACAACAUCCCAAACCUACACAUCCAGCUUAUCCACCACCUGAACCACCUCAUACCCCAGCUGGAUCCACGAAUUCAUCACCUUAUUCUCAAGCGCAACGAAUCUCACAGGAUGGGUAUGUGAGAUACUCUUCUCCUCCGGUCGGCGAAUCAGCUGGAGGUAGCACCACCACAUCAAGCUCUUUCAAUGCGUACAACGCACCUCAACCAGGUCAAAGAACGGUUUAUCCAUCAGGUACACCGGGUGUAGGUCCAGCACCUGGUCCUCAAGGUUAUGGCAAUAUGGCUACUGGAAAUUCGUUUAAUCAAUGGCCAGGAAUGAAUGAUGCUACCGCUCAAAUGGGUGUACAAUUCGGUAAAUCCGCAGUGGCAGCUGGUCAAGACUACGUCGAGAAAAACUUUACAAGAUAUCUCCCUUUACACCUCAUCAAAGUGUCAUUCUCAGUUACAAACUCAUAUGUCCUCAACAAAUUACGACUCGUCUUAUUCCCAUGGAGACAUAAGCCUUGGUCUAGACAAGUGAGACGAUCAACUGAGAAUGGAGCUAUGGAAGGAUGGCAAGCACCUCGAGAUGACAUAAACGCCCCUGACCUUUACAUCCCAACAAUGGCCCUAGUCACCUAUACGUUAUUAUCAGCUUUAGCAUCAGGAUUACAAUCUAGAUUUCAUCCUGAAGUUUUAGGUGUAUCGUUGUCAAAAGCUUUAGCUGUGGUCAUAUUGGAAUUCUGUGCUAUCAAACUAGGUACAUACUUACUUGACGUGAGAGGCGGUGGGGCAAGCGGUGUCGAGUUAAUAGGUUAUAACGGAUACAAAUUCGUUGGUAUUAUAGUAGUCAUCAUAGUUAGUAUGUUAGGUUUUGGUAGGUUGGUUUGUGGGAUCGUUUUCUUGUACACUUUCGGUGCCAACGCUUUCUUCCUGUUGCGAUCACUCAAAUACGUCUUAUUACCCGACGCAUCAGUAUCAAACGUUACCACCACUCUGUCUCACUCUCAGCGAUCGAGGAGGGUACAAUUCUUGUUCUUCAUGGCCAUGAGUCAAGUCCUAUGGAUGGGCUGGCUCUCUCGAGUCUGA